AAGAGAAAAAAAUAAUAAGAUAACAAAAUAUUUGCAUUUAUUGGCUCAAAAUAUCCUUUUUACAUAAAUGUCACUUUCAUACGCGUAUAAAACGAGUAGGAUGACAUUAUAUCUACCAGUCAUUUUCACAUUCUUCUCCAUCACAAACCAGUCAUGUCACCUCCCACACUAGACCAACUACACACUUACCAUGCCGACGAGAGGGUGAUAUUCUCUAAACUGGUCCUACAGUUUUCAAGAUCACCAUCUGAAUCACUCCUUGUCAUGGCUACAUGGUUUUGGCUUGAAAACUUUGGUUUUGAAGAAAUUUUCUCAACCAUCUUUGCUCUUCCAGAUCGACUCAUUGCAUCUUUUGCUAACGAAGCUGUUUCUUGCUUCCGAUGUAUCGAGUUCGCUCAUCCCCCAAAUGGCUUCGAUCAGAUCCCUCUCACUUCAAGAUAUUUACAAAAACACAUUUCACUUCCCAUGAUUUACAAACAUCGAUACACCGCCAUUGCUGGAAUCAAAACCUUUCUAACCACCAUUUGUUCUAGAAUUUUUUCCGACAUUCUUACACAAGUUCUUCCAUAUUCUUCCCCACCAUUUUCCGUCCCUGGAUUAAACGACUCUCUGAUCAUACCUGGCUUCCCGCAUCCAACUUUUGGAAAUAUCAGCGUCAUGCGACCUGAUGUAGUUGAUGGGGCUAACACAUUCAACAGCAACAGCUCAUUCCUCUUCCCAAAGGGUCUUUGGGAGUGGAACGAUCACUGCAUGGAAAGUGAGAACGACCGAACGAUGUUUAUAACGUUUUCUCGUGGCUUUCCUGUGUCGCAGGCCGAAGUUAAGGAGCUUUUCACCAACAGAUUUGGAGAAAAGUGUGUGGUAGGCGUUUACAUGCGAGGAGAUUGCGUAAGUUCACCUAACAUAAUUGCGUGUAAUAAUGUUCAGCAACAACCACUGUUUGCAAAGCUGGUUUUGGACUCGGUUGUUACUGUGGAUCGCAUACUAGAAGGUGAGAAGAUCCAAAAGUUUCGGAUCAAUGGUAAACACAUUAGGGCUCGUAAAUACAACGAGAAGAAGGACAGACGUACUUGAUUCACCUAAAAGUUGAAAGAAAGUCUAAGUUUUUUUUUUUCAUCUUUAUCUUUAUGUUAUAAUUUAAUAAUAAAAAACAUAUGUAAUGCCUUAUGCUUAUCUAUUUAAUUUGGACUUUCUCAUUAUGAAUGGAAUAUCUUUUCACAUAAUUUACCGCUGAAUGUCACUGCAAGUUUACUUUAAAGCAAGUGUAACACAACACUAUAUUGUGCAUGAACACAUCCUCUCUUUUUUAUCGAGGUUAUGAUUCACUUUUGAUUAGGCGAUUAGUCAGAAUUUUAUCUAGUUCUAUCGAUUUGAAGGAAUAAUUUCCCGAGUACCAUAUUGUAAGUAUAUUAUCAAAUUAAAAACAAUUUCAAAAGAAUACACUAUCAGAUUACUUUUCAAUUUAAUAUUCUUCAAAGCUUGUUAAAAAGUAUAUAAUUGUAUAUUUCAUAUAAUAGUUUUGUUUUGUGUUAGUAUUUACGUGAAAACAAUUAAACUGUAUAAUAAAAUGUCACAAAACUAUAUAUGGUAAAAUAUUAACUUGAACAUGAAUUGGCAGAUAUUUACUAAAUUCAAAUUUCUUACUCAUAUUAGCAGGCUUCUCCGUAUUGGGCCCGAAGGUCCUUCAAGAUAAUCACCUCCCAGCGGCACUCGAGCCCAUGACUUCCCAUGUUAAGUUUAACUACUGGACACUAACAUGUGGUUUGCAUGCACUAGUUUUUAUCCUUUUAAAAUGCAUAUAUUACAAUAUAAAAUAAAUAACAUGUCAUAAUUAUUGGUAAAUGUUGAAAAAAUUUCUCUUGUAACUGGUAAACAAAUAUUUGAACUAGUGGAACAAAAAUAAAUGGAUUAACAGAAAUGGAGUAUAAAAAUGGAGUCGGUCCAUUCCGUUGAUUCAUGAACAAAUUUGUUAUGGAAUAGUUUUUUGUAUUUAUCUAUUUAUUUAUGGAUUUCAUGAAAUGACUAUUCUAUUUCAUUUAUGGUAAAAGGUAGAAAAUUUUGUGAAAAUAAUAGAAUCAGUCAUUCUAUAUCAUUUUAAUUCAAAAAUACAAAUAGUUGAAUUGGUGGAAUAAAAAUAAAUGGAUUAACAUAAAUAGAAUAUAAAAAUAGAAUUGAUUCAUUCAAUUUAUUCAUGAACAAAUUUGUUAUGAAAUCAUUUUAUUUGUAUUUAUCUAUUUAUUUAUGGAAUUUAUGAAAUGAAUAUUCUAUUUUAUUCAUGGUAAACGAUAGAAAGUUGUGGAAUUAAUAUAAUCAAUCAUUCCAUAACAUUUUAAAUUAUAGAAUAAAAAUAUUUUAAUUAGUGGAUAUAAUAAAUUGAUUAACAGAAAUAGAAUAUAAAAAUGGAAUCGAUCCAUUCCAUUUAUUCAUGAACAAAUUUGUUAUGAAAUCGUUUUCUUUGUUUUUUUCUAUUUAUUUAUGGAAUUGAUGAAAUGAUUAUUCUAUUUCAUUAAUGGUAAACAAAAGAAAAAAAUGUGGAAUUAAUAGACCCAAUCAUUCCAUAUCAUUUUAAUUCAAAAAAAAUCAUUUCAGUUGCAGCCAUCAUCUUCCACCAUUUGGUUUAGUAGUAAUAAUAAAAUUAGUAUUGACUGUGCGCAACACAAUCCACAGAUAUUAAAAAACACAGAGACAAAAGUUUAAUUGUUAGAGCAGAAAAAAAAAUUAAGAUUCUCGAGGAAUAACAAUUUAAAAUUUAAAAGUUAACAAUUUAAAAAAAUACAAAGAGACAAAAGUUUAAU